AUGGAGACUAUGAAUGUAAAAAUCAAAUUAGAAAAUCUGGAAGAGCUUCAGUGUCGUGAAUGUGGUGAAAAUUUUCAAGAAAAUAUCCUGUUUGAGAGUCACAGAAAAUCACAACAUUCAUCUUUCAAGUGCAAUAUCUGUUCUUCGGACAAAUAUUCUCUCACUGAUUUCGAGUACCAUCUGCAGAAGCAUGGAGGAUUCAAAAUUUUUACAUGUAUAUUGUGCCAAGCAACAUUUACCGUCCUUGCGGACCUCAACAAUCAUCUUCCCAUUCAUCUAGUCCAAGAGCCAAUGUCAAAUGAGAAAACUGAGCCGGAUGAUGAUAUGAUGAAGUACGAAGUUGUUUAUUCUCCUGAAGACGAGACAGAGAAUCAUGAAGAAGCAUCUCAAGGAAGUCCUAAAGUAGAACAUCCACCAGAUGAUGAUCCACAAGAAACAAGCAAAAGUAAACGAAAACGUGGACGUCCCCGUAGGAUUAGACUCAAAGAUGAGGGGAAUGCAAAGAGAUUUGAAUGUCCACAGUGCUUCCAUACAUCCAAGAGCGCGUCAAAUCUCAAGAAGCACAUCCGAACUCAUACUGGCCUUAAGCCCUUUGAGUGUGCUGAAUGUGGCAAGUGCUAUUCUGAGAAGUAUGAUGUCCGAAUACAUUUGCAGCUGAAACAUACCAAACCCAAGAAGCAAGAAAUUUGUCCCUUCUGUGGGAAAAAAUUCAAUUUCACAAUUCGCUUGAAAUCACACAUCCGAGCAAUUCAUCGACCUCGAGAGAAAUUCCCAUGCUUCAUCUGCGGAAAAAUCUACUCCACCCGAGGAGGUCUCUAUUUCCAUCUGAAGACCCACAAUACAGAAUCAGAAAGACAUAAGUGCUCUGAAUGUAACAAAAUGUUCGAUAAGCAGCAUUAUCUUCAACGUCACUAUCGUCAUGUACAUGCAUCCCCACGAUUCUUCUGUGAAUGGGAAUCUUGUUCUUUUCGGUCCAAUUCCCAUUCAGUCUUAGUGGAACAUCUGAGAACUCACACAGGAGAAAAACCCUUUCAAUGCAAUAUUUGCAGCAAAUCCUUUGCCACAAAAGCUGCCCUGUCCAGUCACAUGUCUCAACGUCACAAUCCUGCAACGUUGCAGUGUGAAUUCUGUGAAAAAGUCUUCAAGAUUUCUGCAACUCUACGUUGUCAUGUAAGACGUGUGCAUAUGGAGCGAACUGUAGUAUGUCCUGUGUGCGAUAAAAAAUAUGCUACCAAAGGAGACCUCACCAGACACAUGAAAGAUAGUCAUGCAUUGAAGAAAGAACAGAGAUUGUAAACGUUUUCUUUUGAAGAAUAUUUCAAAUGUGUGCAAAUACUAGAUAAUAAUGUGAUUUAUUUUAUGAUAGUCAAAUAAAGAAGAUUAUAAGGUAUAGUGCCCUCAA